AUGACAAAUGAAAGUUUACUUGAACACGCGUUGCCGGAAGGGCGCAAGAAGCUCAUUGAAAAUCAUGAAAAUUUGAAGAAAGUUGCAAAUUAUUGUGAGCAAAAUUACCUUGGCGCUCACAACAAGGCCGCCGCGCUGAAUGAGACGAAAAAGUACACAACGCAUAGUUUGGCUUCAGUUGCUUAUCAAGUCAAUACGCUUGCAUCGGACAUGCUGAUGCUCCUCAAGGAGCAAGAAGAUGAGCUUAUGCGGCUGACGUCGUCGAUUGAAAAUUUAAGCGACAGGGUUGAUAUUCACUGUGAAAAAGUCUCCCGUCGUGAAGUUGGCGCGUUGACCUACCGACGAAAUAUUUCAAGGAUCGACCCCAUCAAAUAUCCUGCGAAUCCAGAAAGAGCUGUAAAAUACAUUCGCAAGGCGAUAAACUACAACGAACUGGAUGACAUUGGACAUGGUUUGCGAACAGGGCAACCGGCUGGAAUCAGGCAGGCGAAAAACGCAUCGAUAAGAAACUCUGUUGGAAGCAGUGGCUCCACCGGGACCCUUACGAGACCGGGACAGGAGCAAAUGCCUCAAUAUGGAACAAUUAGACCAGUUGCUGCGCCGAAGAUUCCUUUUGCAGCUGGUGGAGUUAGCCAGGUCAGUGUUGAUGGUCAGUCAAAUCGGCAAAGAACAGCGUCAGCUAAUAGCUCUCGAUAUGGAAUUCCUAUGUCUGAUUCAAGCCUCGGAAUGGGGAUGAAUCAAAGCUAUGAGCAAGCAGUUCCCUUGCCCGACUACUCGAAUCAAGUUUCUGAUCAGGCUUACGACCUGCCUCCUCCACCGGAUGAGCUCAAGUUCAACAUGGAUUCGAUAUCGCAAUCGAACUCUUCGAUAACUAACGGUGAAGAUUUGCCCGCGCCACCUGCGAAUAUCCUGCUGGAAACCCCCGCUGCAGAUCUUCCACCACCUUCCUUCGAGGAUGAAAUCAUGGCAGCCGUAAAUCAGCCUCCUCUUGAGCCCGGUUGGAUCAGAAGAACACCAGCUGAUCCUACCUGGGCGCCGGCUCAGUACCAAGAGAAAGUGUCAGCACUUUACGAUUACGAGGCAGAACGGGAAGACGAGUUGACGUUUUACGAAGCGGCGGUUUGCUUUAUCUGCAUUCAUUGGUACACUAUCCAACGACAUGGGCAUCAUACUGCUUACAAACGACAUCGUCAACCAAAACCGACCCUAGAUCACGAGUUUCUCGUCGCACCCAGGCCUAAACGAAAUGCUCAGAAUUCAAAAGAACAAACUCCUGAAGACUCAAAACUCUCUUCAACUACAAAAAAGUCAACGACGACAGAAAAACCAAGGCCUGUUCGCGCAACUUUGAACAUCAUCAAGAAGGAAUUCGCGAAGACGACUGAGAAGCCAACAACUAAAAAGAAAGCCUCUUCUUCGACAAAGUCAACAUCUACGGAGUCCACAACAACAACGACUACUGUCGGCAAGUGCUCUCCAGGAAGACCAGUGAUGUUUUUGAAAACUCACAAAACGGGAUCAACGACUCUGGCGAAUAUUUUUCUUCGAUACGCAGAAAAAUAUAAGCUGCUUGCAGGAUUACCUCCAACGCGAAAGUGGGAGCUUGGCGGUUACCCAGCUCCAUUCAAAAAAGCUCUCGUCGACCCUGUUCCAAAGACCCAUUACGAUGUGCUCGCUCAUCAUGCGCGAUACUCUGAUGAGAUUCCUGAAGUCAUGCCAGAGGACACUCUUUUCGUUACAUCAAUUCGUGAUCCAGUUGACAACUUCGAGUCUGGUUUCGGAUUCUUUCGCGACUACCCUUACCCUCAAUGGCUCGGUGAUCAUCCUCAAAUUCACGAGUUCCUCGACAAUCCGACAAAAUACUACGACAAAACGACACCUUGGCAUUUUCGCGCAAAAAACUACAUGGCCUUCGAUCUUGGCCUCGAGUACGAAAACGAUGACGAAAGUUACAUCAAAGAAGCAGUCAAGCUUACUGAGAAACGAUUCGGAUUGGUGAUGAUUACCGAUCGUUUUGAAGAGUCUGCGAUUUUGCUGAAGCAUGAGCUUUGUAUGGAAAUUGAAGAUGUUGCUUAUCUUAGGCUAAAAGUACGCAAAGAAUCAGAUAGAAAAAGCAUGUCUCCUGAAUACCAAGACAAAAUAAAAAAGUGGAACAAACUGGACACUGCCCUAUACGAACAUUUCAACGCCCUUCUUGAUAAAAAAGUGAAGGCUUUCGGCAAAGAAAAGAUGCAAGCUGAAAUUGAAGAGCUCAACCAAAAAGUUGAAGAGCUCAACUCAAAAUGCAUCGAGAGAUAUUCUCAAUUUGAUGCCAAACCCUGGAUUUCCCGGAUAGUUCUUAAGCCCAAAGCAGGAGCUAUCUGUGAGACCAUGGCACGUGGGGAAGUUCUCUUUUCUGAUACUCUUCGAACUGCUCAAAAGAAAGGAGUGGCGACGAAGAAAAAGAUCAAAGUGAUCCAGCCAAUGAUGGAAGAGCUCUUAGAACUCUUGCGCAAAGAGCAGGUCAAAAUCCUCGGAAAAGAUGCAGUUUCUUUCUCUUCCGGAAACGCUGGCUCCCGUCAGUAA